GAGGAGAGAGGAUGGGGAGAGACUGGGACCCGGAUGCUGAUGCGAAUGAGACGAAGGAAGGAAGAGGAGAGGGAAAAUAUCGAUUUACGGCAAGAAAAACCGAAGGGAGUAUAAUACAGGGGGCCUUUACUCUGCGUGAACUAUAAUCAGAAGUGAGGAGGGGGAUAGGGCAGUCGAUAAUUGUACGAGUUUAUCUGUGGGCAUCACUGUGUGUGUUUUUUCACCUGAGUAUCCGCCGGUGAGGGAGGAGGACACGCCAAAGGAGAGAGGAGAAGAUGCUGUGAUCCGCUACUUGCAGCAGGGAUGUAGAGAGGGAGCGACUGGGGGAGGCAGGGAGGGGGAGGACUACGCUAUGCUAAGGAUGGUUGUUUUGCAGGGAAAUAUUGUGAGGAUGCGGCGGCAGUGUGAUCAAUCUUACCGUUUGGUGAUGCCUGGAAACUUCAGGAGGUGUCGGUUUUUUUGACAGGCGGCGCCAGCGCGACGGCCGUCGGUCAAGGCGUUGAAGCUAAAGCUAGCCUCGCUGCUGUGUGGGAGAGCGGCGGCGGGGCUAAAAUAGCAUGUUGUUGCACCUGUAAAACAGGCCUGACAUAGAGAAUUAAAUUGAGUUUAUUUUCAUUCCGAGCGCCCACAUGACGUAUUAAGCGAUUGGUUGACAUACUCAACCGGCAAAUGACACAUUUCCGCAGCUUAUUUUGCCAAGGCUGAUAAAUCUCGUCAAUGUUAGUAUGCGAUGAUUUUCAUAUUAACCGUCAUUAACAGUUAACGUCGUUCAAGUUACACAAAUAAGCUAAUGUACAUAAGUGAGGUCUGCCCACUUUGCCAUGUUGACCUUUAUAGCAGCUGUCAGUGUUUAACGCAUAAAACAGCCUUUUGAAUUAUUGCCAUCUGAGUUUUUUCUGCUUAAUUCUCCUUCUAGCAAGCUGUUGUGUUAAAUAUUAACGUUAUACAUGUUUAGCGUGCUUCAGAGCAAAAUAGUUAACCAUGUUUGUUAACCAGGUGUUGAUGAAAAAUGUCCGUUUAUCAUCCAGAUGUUUUCUAUCGACACCAGUUUGACAUCUCUUUACAUGUUCACCCAUGACUCCAGAGUAGCAGUGUUAUCACUGAAAUUAAGAGUAGACCCUCGUCUAAGUUUUAUGCUGUCCUAUAUGCCACAGUAACUUCUGUAUAAGCUGUAAAAUAUUACAGUUGUUGCAAUAAACAGUGCAGUAGUCGUAGUUGUAGUUGUAGUAGCCUUCAGUGAGAGCAGUAUGAGUAAAGAACUGUCUCUUAGUCAGUCAGCUCAAUAUGUUGGGCCCUACCGACUGGAAAAAACACUGGGGAAGGGUCAGACAGGUGAGUACAUCCAACUAUUUUGAGUUAAAAUUGAUUUUUUUUUUGUAAUCAGAAUGGAUAUAUUUAAUGUAUUUUAUUCAAAGUUCUUUAGCUGAAGAUGCCUUUCUGUUUAUCUUGUCUCCUUCAUCUGGUCUUUCAGGACUGGUCAAGCUCGGGGUCCAUUGCAUUACGGGUCAGAAGGUAGCGAUUAAAAUAGUCAACAGAGAAAAGCUGUCUGAGUCAGUCCUGAUGAAGGUACAGUACCAGCACGAUGCUGUUCAGUUGUUGCUAAUGGUGAUGAUGAUGAUGCUAAUUUUGUCAACAGCAAGGUGUUUUAUGCUGUCCUAAAAAUGCUCCAUAUUCUCUUUUAUUUAACUCCUAAACUAGAAAGUGGCUUGUGUGCUUUGCUGCUGCAUCUUUACCUCUUUUUGUCUCGUUUCUUUUUUCUUGUUCUGUCGCUCUAACCAGGUUGAGAGAGAGAUUGCCAUUCUCAAACUGAUCGAGCAUCCGCAUGUGUUGAAGCUGCAUGAUGUUUACGAAAAUAACAAAUAUCUGUGAGUUCCCUCUGCCGUCUCAGAAAUGUUCACAGUAAAGCCUGCAUGCAUUUUACACUGAACUCUGGAGUGGGAUGGGUAUUAAUACAACGCUGUGAACUAUAUUAAACUGCUCUCAUCACUCUUAAUUUUCACUUUCUUUUCAUUUACUGCAAUUAUUCUGAAAAGUUUUUGAUCUAUCCUGAUGAAAGAAUAACCCCCAAAAUGCUUUAAAGGCUGUUGUAAAGUACCUGUCGAGGAUAGACAGGCAGGAAGAGAGUACAUAAAAAUGGUGAAUUGAAUCUUACAUCAUCAAUUGAUGAUAUCUUACUCUUUGAGAGUGUCAGGGGCUUGAUUUAUUGUUUAUUUUUUCCACAAAGUCUCUGGUUUUAAUCUAGACUGUUGUCCCUAUGUGUGAACAGGUACCUGGUGUUGGAGCAUGUGUCAGGAGGAGAGCUAUUUGACUACCUGGUGAAGAAAGGCCGGCUGACCCCAAAAGAAGCCAGAAAGUUCUUCAGGCAGAUCAUCUCUGCUUUGGAUUUCUGCCAUAGUCAUUCCAUCUGGUUGGUAUUUAUGCACAGAGCAGCAGUUCUAACAUUUGGGUAGGGGUCAUGUACAGGUCCAAUGUUUGGGUUCCUCUGCUUACCGAAGCUCUUUGUUGGACUUUGGUUUGAAAUAAAGGGAAUAAUUGGCUUUAUUGGCAAUUCAUUGCCUUUUCUCAUGCACAAUUAAGCAUCAAUGCAACUUUGAGGCAGAAGUUCCCACUGCUUUUGACAGUGCAUGAAUCUGUUGCAUGAACCAUUACCAAAGACUAAUCUUUGCACCUGCAGACAUAUGUCAGAUUUCAUUAUUAUCAAAAGACUAAUUGAUUUUGUUUCAUUUUGUUUAGUCACAGAGACCUGAAGCCGGAGAACUUGCUCCUGGAUGAGAAAAACAACAUUCGUAUUGCUGACUUUGGCAUGGCCUCCCUACAGGUGGGAGACAGUCUGUUAGAGACCAGCUGUGGGUGAGUAUCAGCGUAUGAAUGAUAGUAUACACACAUAGAAAGAUCACUCAUAUUUUGUAUUUCAGAGACUCAAAAUGUCACUCUAUGUACAUUACGAAACAAAUUCCAGUAGUUACAGUAGAAGUUGAACUCAUCAGAAUUUGUGCCUUUGUAAAAAUGACCACAUGUAACUACUUAUUUUUCCUGAUUCUUUUUCAAAUAAAUGUCUCUCUCAUUCUAGAUCCCCACAUUAUGCUUGCCCCGAAGUCAUACGGGUAAGUCUGUCGAUUGUGUAAUAAAUUAGCAAGUAACUUUGAUGAGCUUUCCACAGAGUAGCAAAUACAUUUAGUCUUAGACCCACAAACCUGUUUUUACAAAGACAUAUAAAAGUUUAAUGCUUGUCAUUUGGGUUGUCUUUGAUUUUUAGAAAGAGUGAGUGUUGACCGCAUACAGCAAGAAAAUUAUCCAGUUGUAGUAGUAAGAAGAUGGUUUCAGUUAAAUGAAAUUCAUUGUAUUCUUUCUCUUUUGAGAGACAAUUUAUCGACUUAGAAACAACUAAAUGAGCUUCCCUUCUAAAUUAGAUCACUAAUGUGGCCGCUUUAUAAUUGAAUAGCUGGGUGAGAUGGUUGUAAUUUUUGCUUUUUGCAGGGGGAGAAAUAUGACGGGCGGAGAGCAGAUGUGUGGAGCUGUGGGGUUAUCCUUUUUGCUUUACUUGUGGUAGGUGUUUCACAGGUCUUACCUGCUUCCCUCAUUUUGUGACAAAUAUAUGAUAUCAUCAGUGUGCCUUUCCCCUUCUCUCCCCUGUCUUUCCUCUCCCUACAGGGUGCCCUGCCUUUUGACCAUGACAACUUGCGCCAGCUUCUGGAGAAGGUGAAGAGCGGUGUAUUUCACAUGCCACACUUCAUCCCCCCAGACUGCCAGUCCUUGCUCAAGGGCAUGAUAGAAGUCGACCCUGAAAAAAGGCUUUCGGUAUGGGAUUGUGUUUACUCUUGGCUCAUACACAGGGGGUUUGAAUGGCACCCUAUGCUUGCGCCUGUCAUAAGUUGUCCAUACUGAAUCAGAGAAAUGUCCUCGUGGUUAUUAGUUUAUAUAAUGGUUUUAUGUAUCAGUAAUAGUUUGGAGGCAUCUACGUGUGUGCAGCACUUCAGUCCAAAAUUUAUUCCCCUUGCUGUGAAAAUAUUGUGUUGUAUUGAGUCAUAUAUUGUAUUAUCUCAUAUGGUAUCAGAACUUAGUACAACAAAGGAUAACCUAAAGUAUUGAACUGUCUAACCAUAGCUAAUCUUCAGUGAGGGUCAAUAACAAGUACUAUUUCAACACAAAUCUACUUUUGUUCAUAUGUUUACUGUUAAUUCAGCAUAGCCUGUAAAGUCAAAAAUAUAGUGCGACUACUAUCAUAACUUAGGGCUCUGUCUGAGAAGAAGAAAUCCAAACCUUACAUCACUCUCAGUAACAGUAAGUAGUCAGUUCUCUUACAGCCUCUCCUGACGUGCUUUGUCUGCCAAAGGAUGUCAAUGGUACUCAAUUUUACCAGUGUGAAUGAUCUUAAUUUCAAAUCUUAGACCAACAUCCUCGAAAUGUUUUGCUAUAAAAGCCCUGGUUAGCUAGCUGUGAUACUUUUUUCAUAUAUUGGCACUUCUUUUGUUAGAUCAGGUGUGAAAAAUCAGCCUCACUGGACAGCUUUUUUUGAAAUAGUUUGUUGUUGUCUGUUGGUGCUGUUGUACCAGAAGGUGUUUGUUUGUUGUAUUUAAGCACACUUCAAGAAUACAUGUCUUCACUAGGUGUCAAGUACUCUUUUUUUUAUCUGAUUAUAUUAUGCACAAUAGUUUCUUAUUCUGAAAACACACAAAACAUUAAUAGCUCCAAGGCAUUAUCUAUUACCUGAUUCAAACCAAAAGCACGCCCAGUCGCAGAUUAUGUUUUAAAAUACAAUAAUGAGUCGUGAUGAGGUGUCUCUUGUGUAUGUAAAGAAGUAUGUGGUGUUUGCACAGCGCAGCUCUGUGGCCAUCUGGCUGCUAACAGACUGUAGAAACUAAUGGCCCCAUCUGCCCUGUCACCCCCCCACCCCCCUUACAGCUGGAGGCCAUCCAGAAACAUGCCUGGUAUCAGUGAGUAUACAUUCAUUCUUACAUACAUAUAAUGGAUUAGAAACUUAUUUACAGUGUUAUUGCAUCAUGUUUGAUCAUAAGCAUUAUACACGUGCCAUUUGUGUGUUCUAUCAUGUGUUACCUGUGUGCGCUUCUGUGUGUGUCUCCCAGGGGUGGUCGUAAUGAGCCAUGUCCUGAGCAGCCUCCUCCCCGGCGAGUGUGUGUGAGGCGAAUCUUGUCCCUGACUGAGCUGGACCCAGAUGUGUUGGACAGCAUGCACUCUCUGGGAUGUUUCCGGGAUCGAGUCAAGCUCACACGUGACUUGCAAUGUGAAGAGUAAGUUUUUUUUUUUUUUUCCCAACUCAGAACAUGUUAACGUUUCUUUUUGCCUGACUGAUUUAUGGGUUUGUGCGACAUACUGUAAUGUAAUCCACCUAUGUGCAUUAAAACACAUUUUUCCUCUACAAAGCUAUGAUAGGGUGUGCUUGACAAAUACAUUAAAGUGGCUAAGAAAAUAAAAGCUGCAUCGAAACAUGAUAGCGUUGAAAGCAUUUGAAAUGGUCCAAAAAGGUGGGGUUUAUUUUAGGACAGCUGUGUUACAUCUUGAACUCAAUUCAGUCUUUUCUAAUGACUCCAUCAAGUACAAAAGUACAAGAUUAAGACCAAACACUUGGUUGCACUUUGAAUCAAAGGAUUAAUUUGUCUUUUGCACAACUAAACUUGUUUUCAAAUGAGUUAACAUCUCUGUUUUGUUUUUUUGUUGUCUUUUUAGAGAAAACCAGGAGAAGAUGAUCUAUUACCUUCUGCUGGACAGAAAAGAACGCUACCCCAGCUAUGAGGAUGAGGACUUGCCUCCGCGCAAUGACGUAGGUUAGUCAUUAGAGGGCAGGAGGGAUCCACACAAGGGAGGGAGCUGCUUUCCUCAGUAUCUGACAAGCACCUGUAAAACUGUUUAUGAGCCGUCUGCCAAACACAGGUGCCUUUGGUGAUGAAUGUGGGAUUAUUUUAUGUCAUAUUUCAAAUGUUUUAACGGUUGAUAGCCUGUAGUUUAAAAUCAGCUGCCGUCCUGCGGUUAGCAGUAAAAUAUGAUGCAAAACGGAAGGACAGACUUUAUAGUCUUCAAAGAUUUUAAACCUAGACAAGACUUGCAAGACUCCUCUGCGAGACAAAACCGGGAGGGGGGCUGUGACUGUGCUUGUGCAAACAGAGACAAAUUCAACACAGUCACAGUUGGUGCAGAGAGUGUAGGGCCUCUGGAAAGAGCCUGUUCAACAUAAUCACCAGUAUGGGUGCAGGGAUAUGAGAGGUUGUAGGCUGUGAUGAAUAGGUGGAUAUAUUCAUAUAGACUGAAAUCCUUGGGGCAGCUACAUUAAGUGUAAUGUCAUCAUUUAAAAAGGAUCACAUUGAAAAUAAUCAAUCUUGUUUUAACAUAAUAAUGGUGCCCCUCAGCAGACCCUCCUCGAAAGCGUGUUGACUCCCCCAUGCUUACACGCCACGGCCGCUGCCGCCCCGAGAGGAAAAGUCUGGAGGUGCUGAGUGUCACUGAGCAGGGGUCUCCUACCCCACCUCGCAGGGCCCUGGACACAGCUGCACACAGCCAGAGGUACAAUGUUUUGUGCUUGCAGUCAUUCAUUACGCAUACUCCAGCAGGAAAACAUUCAGUCAUAUAGUUUUUCUCUUUCGUCCUCAGGUCUCGUUCUGUAAGUGGAGCAUCAACUGGUCUCUCCUCCAGUCCUCUCAGCAGUCCCAGGGUAAGGGCCUGUUGGCCAGUCUUAAACCAGCUCUACACACAUUACUGUUGCACGACUGUAGAACAUAACACAAAUUUGUAUAUUCAAAUGAAGUUAUACACUGCAUUGUGUUGUUUUACAACCUUGUAAACCAGGAGGGCUACAGUAAAAGGAUAGGUUUGCUAAUGUUGGGUCAUUGGCCACAUGAACCUCAAAGCAUGUUACACUUAUUAUUAUCAUUGCCCCUUUAAUUUAUUCUAACCUUCUCAAAACGUAGCUCCAACUUUAAAGCGAUUUGUCUAACAAUCUAUCUGGUGCAGCUCCGCAUACAGCAGUUUCCUCUGAAAAUGGAGAUAACUUUGGGAGAUCUUAAAGGUACAGCGUGUAGAAGUGGAGAUGUUUGAUGAUAUGAAGAGGUUAGAUCUGAGAGUAAAACGCUUUCCUGCUGAGCCCUCCCCAUGAAAUGAGCCUUUUACAUCCUCAUGUAGAUACUGAAUACAAGGCUCAGUUUGAGUGAACAAAAACAAAACUGUUUUUUAUUAAGGUGAUUGAUGAAUGUUGAAUCGAGGGCUGGGCGAUAUGGUCUUGAAUCAAUAUCACGAUAUAUUGAGCAGUUCACCUCGAUAAUGAUAAAUGGACAAUAACUACUCCACAAGCUGCUCACCCCCUCCCACAUUAAGUUCGUCUACUUCCAGCCGCUACAACUUUUGAACCGUCCUCCUCCUUACCUGUCUUUCCCUCUUUGUUAUGGACUGGAUGGGACGGAGUCACAUCUCCGACAUAGGACAGCCUACCAUCCAAAACCAACUUUUAUUUAUUUGACGCCAAAUAUAUUGACAUGAGCAAAAUGACUUUGGCUAUUGUCGUAAUUCUCAGUAUUGGUAAAUUUUCGGUAUAUCACCCAGCCCUAGUCGAAUGUCAUUUCUGUCAAGGCUCUUCUCCAAAUGCUGCACAUUGUACCUUUAAUUUUAUAAACCCAGACUGGGGGCCUCUAACUACCUUAGGAUAACUUUUUGUAGCCUCCUUGAGUUGAGAAAGCAUCAGCCACACAGAUUCCUUUAUGCAUGACUUGUGCAUGACCACCCUCUCUGUGUGUGUUUUUGAAGAUAGAUGUAGAAAAUAUGAACCUUUAUACCCUUUAACCCUACUACGUUUACUGCAUUGUUUCCCAACUGUGAUACAGAACCUAGAUUGUGUGUAUAUUGAAGCUUUGUAACCUCUGGAGGGUGGGAGACAGUCUUUAUGUUCUGAUGUAAUGUUAUAUUUGACUGGUUAUUAUCUCUUUUCAGUAGCAGUAUUUCCACCUCAGCAUACUGUUGUACACAAUUCUGGUUGUUGCGACAUUUUUAUUGCCCACUCUUGUGUCAGACUACUGUAAGAAAAAAAAAAAAUCUUCCACACCUCACAAACUCCUGAAUAAUACAUCUAUCAAGUCCCCAGUCAUUUUUACACAUCAUCGCUGCACCUCAGAUUAAAUGUCCCAGCAAGCAAAGAUACCUCUUCUGUCUUCAUGCGCUGUCUUUCCCUCACCUUGCAUGAGCUAGCUGUGUGCACAAACAUCCAGUAAAUUAAAAUAAACAUUAUGAUAAGGAACUCUACGUAGACAGUAAAACACAAAGUUUAAUGAACCAUCUCGUCACAGUAACACAGUCACUUCCACUGUUUGUCACUGCAUUUUUAACCCUUUCACUGCCACUAAACCCUCACUCACAUACAAUCAAAAUUCAAACACUAAAAGAUCUGACUGACAGCUUUUAUAUAUGUCUUGCAUUUGACACUGUCACUUCUCACAGGAUGCUCUCUCUCUUGUCAUGAAGCAUGAUAUUCAUUUCCAUACUUUCUCCAUGUUCCAUCCCCUCUCUUUCUUAUUAUCCAUCUCUCCCACCCCACAAACCCACUCCCCCCAGUCCUAUCAGAGCCCCGUCUUCACUUUCAGCCAAUCAGACGUCACCUCUGCCACCGCUACCCCCCUCACAAAGGAGCCCAAACAGGGAAGCACCACAACUCCACGCUCCGCACGGGCUCACGACAAACCCAAAGCUCCCCCCAACCCAAAGACCCAGACCCUGCCCAUCAAGGGACCUGCCGAGCGACCCCACCUGCAGCCCAUCAAAUCCCUGCCUCUGCACAACCCAUCCUCCCGCUCACCCUCCCCUUCUCCGCUCCUUUCACCCAUCCCCCGUUUUUUCUUCCCCUCGUCCUCUGUCCUAAAGUCAGUGACUAAGAGCUUCUACCCAAACUCUGCCCACUCUGUGCCACAGGUCACCCCCCAGGGCUCUCCGUUGCCCACACCCUUGGGCACCCCUGUCCACCACCCUCACCACCCUUCCUCCACCCCGCCCUCCUCUUCCUCAUCCUCGUCCUCCUCACGGGCGGAGGGAGGGGGAGGGGUGGGUUCGCUGUCGCUUACCCCACCCUCCAGCCCAGGAGGGGGAAGCGGGAUGGCGGCCAGCAGCUCGGCCCACUGGAGGACCCGCCUCAAUUCUUUCAAGAACAACCUGCUGGGAUCACCGCGUUUCCAUCGCCGCAAACUGCAAGGUGAGAUUUGUGUGUAAUGUGGGACUUAUGUCUCUUGCACAGGUUUGUUAAAUUGGAUUUUCAGUUUUGAGAAGCUUCUCAUUUGCCUCCAGCUUGAUGUCACACUCGGCUGUUGGCACACCAAACGCUACUCCUGCGUGUCAAUUCAGAGAGGCAACUUUAGCAAAUCUAUUAAGUCACAUAAUGUCCACGACUCUCCUCUGUCGCCUCCCAGCAUGGUGCUCUAUUUAAGCAAACUUAAUUUUUUUAAGAGUGACUUAUCUUUUUCAGUUCCUACUUCUGAAGACAUGUCCAGUCUAACACCAGAAUCCAGCCCAGAGUAAGUCCUUGAGAUCUGUCUUUACUAUGUCAGGUUAUAUUUUGUAAUGGCAAGCUUUGUGCUGAUUCUUUGUGGUGUUUCAUGUCUUGCUAAUAGGCUAGCUAAGAAGUCAUGGUUUGGGAAUUUCAUCGGCUUGGAGAAAGAGGAGCAGAUCUUUGUGGUGAUCAGAGACAAACCUCUGAGUUCAGUCAAAGCUGACAUAGUCCAUGCCUUCCUGUCUGUGAGUAUCUGACGUGGUCUGUCCCUCACGUCUCUCUCUGUCAAAGCUUGUUUGCAAAAAGCAUGGCUCUCUCUGAAAAAGCUGUAAUACUUUCACACACUUUCAUACUUUACGCACUUCAUUACUCAUUAUUUCUGUUUUUUCUUUGUUUCUAAUCUUGCUCACUUGUGGCACGUGUGAUGGAUCACUUUUGCUUUCACCAAUGGCUCACUCUUUCUCUCCUCUCCUCACCCUCACCCUUUGUCUCCCUAUACUCACGUUUGCCCCUGAACCUCUCCUGCCUCGUAAGUCUGUCGGUCUCUCUGCUUCUUCUCUGUCGCCCUACCACGCAGAUCCCGUCGCUCAGUCACAGCGUCCUGUCCCAGACCAGCUUUCGAGCAGAGUACAAGUCCUCCGGCGGUCCCUCCGUCUUCCAGAAGCCCGUCAAGUUCCAGGUGGACAUUGCUUUUUCCGAAGGCGAGAGGGAGCGGGACAGGGAGAGGAGCGAGAGGGAGGGCAGGAGGGAGACAGGGAUCUACAGCGUGACGUUCACCCUCAUAUCAGGCAAGAGACGACUAAAUUCAACACCUGCAGUUGGAUUGAAACUGCAAUUUGAAUACGUGACUUUUGUGUCAGUGUUUUCUCUCUACCUUGGUGAAGUUAACACUGCAGGAGCUACAUUUGUCAACAAAGUUUUCAGUCAUGGUGUAACACCCUGUUUUGUAGUAUCAAAUACUGUAUUCAAAUGCCUUAAAAAUGAGCACUUGGACCUGACUCAGCAUUGUGAGAACUAACUUACAAUCACAGUAGUUGUAUUCAAGAACGGUUUUAUUUGAGAUGCAUUUUAAUUCCAAAGUUUGGGUCUUCCAAUUUGUCAACAUGGAGAAAGAGGGAUUUAUGACGAAUGAGGCAGCCACUCAGGAAGGAUAGCUGAAUGAUUUAUCCUCAUCUUCUGAGUGUUGUUUAUCUAAAAACAUGACCAUUUUUGGGCAUGAACAUCAUUAUUUAUGGUCCAAUCCUUUCCCCCGCUUAACACCUGUGUGCUGUGGUGCGUUUCCAGGCCCGAGUCGCAGGUUCAGACGAGUGGUGGAAACGAUUCAAGCUCAGCUUCUCAGCUCUCAUGAUCAACCCAUGGUGCAAGCCCUAACUGGUGAGACUGCUUUUACACACUUAGAUAUUUUCACCCCUUUAACUUCAGUUAUCAGGUGUGUUUUUCUUGAUCUGUUAAUAUGUGUUUAUUUUUUAUUUUUCCUUGUUUUUUCAUUUUAUUUUUUGAACAAUUUUAAAGAAUACAACAUAAAACAUGAUAGGUAAUAAUGAAACAGUGCAGGGAGGGGCAAAAAGACAUGAUGGGCUUAUUUGAAGCCUCCAGCUACAUAGUAAUAUAGUAAUAUUAAUAUUACAAUUUAAUGUACAAAAGCACAAGAUAACACGAAAAAGUAACAAAAAUAAUAGUGACUGACAACAAUAAUAUACAGUUAGUAACUUUGAUUUCAUGGGUCAUAAAUCCUCAAAUACUGGAGCUUUGUUAUUCUUACUGCAGAUGGUAUCACAUCUUUAUAUGUUGCAAGUCUCUAUGAAAUAAGGCCUUUAAUAUCAAAUUGUCUCUGUCUGAGAGAGAGAGCGAGAGUGACCAGCAACAUUGGUGUCGUCUGAUCAUGUUUUUACUUCGAUUUGACCGAUUGUGAUCCAGUUUCACUACCAACUUGACACUAGACCACAUGGAGAUGCUUAUUUUUCUCAGUAGAAACAAACAGGCAGAAAACUGGACAUUGCUUUAAACUAACUGGCGUAAGGCAUCAGAUAAUAACCUUUAUGUUUAGUAUGGUUCAUGGUCCCUUUUAAAUUAAAUGAAAUAAAUUGAGUGACAUUUUCAAAGGUUGAUCAUGCAGGAUGCCUUGGUCGUAAAUCCUUCAUAGAACUCCGACAAGGACCUUACUUGUGCCCCAUGAGUAAGCCUGUGACUGAAAAUCUGAUGUCCCCAUAAUAGUAGAGAGAAAGUGGCUGAUGUGUGAUCGUCCUGAACUCAAGCCCCUCUCCAUGAUAGUAAUAUAGAGGCGUCCUGGCCAAUAAUUGGAAGCAGGCCUUUAUUCACUCAUAAAAGACAGGAUUUUGAUCGUACUGCAGGACCUGGCUGCAAAUCAAAUACCGGCCUCAGUUAGAGAAUUUAUGGUAUCUUAUCGCCUUCUUCUGUCUGUACACAACUUAUCCAACUGGUUUGUCAUGUUUUCUUUUCUGCUUAAACAAACUCAGUUUUCUUUUUCUUAGAAUGCCUCUAAAAGAUCAAUGGUUGCUUAUACUGACAGUUGCACACACCUUUUGGAAAACAGUCCUUUUCUUUGUAUUUUUAUUAGCCAAUUCAACUCAUUUGCAAUUUAAAAAUUACACAAGUGACAUAAAAACAUCUGGAUAUUUACAGUGAGAAUGACUUUUCUGUUCUCUUCUCUAGAUCCCUUCCCAGAUGAGAAGAACGGCCGGCCCCACGGGACCCCCACCCGCCAAAACUCGAGGCGUUCCGAGGGUGGGGGCGACAGGUGUGAGUGGGGCGACCGGGCAGAUGGCGGAGGAAUAGGAGGCAGCGGGGGAGUUCUGCAGCGCAGAGGCUCAGCGAAAGAGAGAACCCGACUGCUGUCCUCCAACGGAACCCAGUCCCAACCGUAGGAUAAAGAGUGAGACUGCGCAGCAGGAUGCCUGAACUACACCAGACAGAAGAAAGUGUAACUCCAACUCCAAGUAUCCCUGCAAGCCAUGAGCUACUUCUUUUCUUCCUUGACUACGUUGUGAAGGUGCUUGACCAUUGCAGGGAUCAAGCCUUUUCCCUCUGUCAUGCUUUAUUUCCCAACUUCACACACUUUUGAUCUUUUAGACCACCAGGAUUCCUACCCUUAAAUGAGAAGGAAGUGUUAGGGAAUCACCCUUUAAUGAAAAUAAUAUGUGAAUGAGCAGUUUGGUAUCCAACAUAGAUACAGCUUCACAGAUCAAACAAACUAGGAAUUUUGAAGUGCUAAUGUGCAUGCCAGUUAGCAAAUCAGCCUGCUAAAGGAUGCUGAAACGAUCAGAUAGGCUAGUCUACCAUAUCAUCAUAAUACAGUAUCUGACACCAAAAAAAAGUCUCUUAAAAUUAACCCGUAUGCUCAUAUCAUUAUCAAGCAACAUGCCAAUACUAGUCCAUACUGAGAGAAAUAUAGAUGCACCGUAAGAGUUCGCUCCCCAGUCAGUAAGGAGCUGAGCAAAAGGAGAAACUGCAUCCUGGAACUCCAGCAGUGUCUUCUUCUGAGGUAAAGAAAAACCAACAAAGUAAGCUAAGUAAGUGAAUGUGAAAAAUAUUUUUUUAUUUACUUUAUAUUUGUGUUUACAUGUUUCAUUGGAGGGUGUCAGUAGCACAGAGAUAGCAGUAAAGACAGACUGAAAAACACUCCACCUGUGUUUAAGAGGAGAGGGAAGCUGACCAGUUGUUCUAGUUUUUGCUUUUUUUUGUAUUUUCUUUUCAAUCAGAGACAAUUUGAAACGAUGCACCUAUGAUUUUUGCAUUGGACCUCUGUUGCUCUGAAGAAAAGUAUUUUUUGAUUUGAACAGAAAUAUGAACAUUACUAUAUGAAAAAAAACAAAAACACUAUGCGUGAAUAGUUCCAUGAACCUCAUCACAGUUGUUUGUGCCCCGAUUGAAUGAGAAGAGCGAUCAAACAGAAGCCACCCUUCUUGAUGAGCUUGUCUCCUAUUGCCAUAGUAUUCACAUACUGACUCGCAACAAAACAAAAAAAAAACAACAACAAAAAAAAGGAUAUUCAUCGGUGGACUUCUCCCAGUGCCGGACUUUAACUUUACAGGCUUGCGAUGUCAAUUCUUUGUUGAAAAGGACUUCAAAAAUUGGAAGAAAGCAAAAGAGUCUCCUAACCCCCCGUGCUCCUCACGUCAUUGUUCACCAACAAGCCAAGUAGUCCAUCACUGCACCCACGCUCACCACGGAGAGUCGCACCAUUCUGCAAGCGGACGUAGCAGCUCGGGACAGUCAUGUUAUAAUACUCCAGCACUCUGUCAGACUAGUCGAUGUUCAUCACCAGUCUUCCAUACAGCACAAUAUGCAACAAAGUGCAGAAUGUUUUCAGUGAGAUUUAAGACACUUUUCUGUUCAUUUAUACUUUUAUUUAUUUAUUUUUCCACAGUUAUUUAUUAAUUUAUUUAUGUAUUUAUUUAUUGAUUGGCAGUUGACAUGAUUUGAUUUACUCAUGUAUUUGUCUGGUCACUUUAUUUUAUUACGUAAAUGUUUAUGGAUUAUAUUUUAUGCCAAAAACGUAUCCAGAGCUAACUUUGAAGACACAAGGUCUAUAUAAUUUCUCAUCAACUCUGUUUUUGUGAACACCUUUUUUCAUGCUAAAUGUUUAUGGCAGUUCUGGUUAGUUCCAGUGCUCUUCAUUAACUCACUUCUCUUUUUUGUAAUGUUUUCUCUGAUAAAUGGAGUGCGUGUGUGUGUAUGUGGGAUGACAGCUGAGUGUGAAUGAGCUGAAAACUUUGCAGCACCUGCAUUUGAGCUGAUACCAUACAGAGAUUUGGACUGACCCAGGAAUAUCAUCAAAAUAGUAACAUGUUCAAACCCUAACAGGCACGUGAUUUCUCUCACAAUACAGUGAAUGCUUGCUAAUUUCGCUCCAUCUCUUGCUUUUAAAUGCCUUGUCCCUUUGACUUGUCUGUCUGCCUCUUCACCUGUUGUGUGGCCCAUCAUCACGAGAGAAACUGUACAAAGUUGUUUGCCUCACAAUCCAUACACAAUUUAUGAUUGCUCACCAUCACCACUCUUCAUCUUUCUCAUCACCACAUCACAGUCACUUUCAUUGACCCAACUCUGGCUAAGAUUGUAAACUAUUCUCCAUUCAUAAGGGUCAGUAGAAUAAGGUGUUUAAAAAAGAAAUGUCUGUAUCAUAAUUUAAAUAUAAAAAGUGCACUAUUAUAACUAUUGCCUGUGAUAAAAAGAACAAUUAUGAUUGAAGUGAUGGUCAAAAUAAAGAGAGAUCCACCUUAUUGUUAUGGUUACAAUAAUAAACCCUAAAUUCAUGUGUGU